AUGGCUUCCUAUCCCAUGUUCAAAACCCUCAUCCUCUGCGCCGCAUUCCUCACAAUCCUUCUCGCCAACCCAUCCUCAGCCCAGUACUACAACCACUUGCUCGCCGGCGAGCGCCUCCGCCCCGGUGAAUCCCUCGUACAAGGCCACUAUUUCUUCACCAUGCAGUACGACUGCAACCUUGUCCUCUACGAUGACAGCACUCCGAUUUGGGCUUCAGGCACCCAAGGCAAGGGCUCGGGUUGCUACGUCAUCAUGCAGCAAGACGGCAAUCUCGUCAUCUAUGACUCUAAAAAAAAGCCCUUGUGGGCGAGCAACACUAACGUAGGAAAAGGAAAUUAUGUCCUCGUACUACAAAAGGAUCGCAAUGUUGUCAUAUACAGUAAGCCCAUUUGGGCUACGGGGACUAAUAAGGUUGGCUGGACUGGCGUUGUCGUCGCCGCCGCCGCGGGUAAUGGGACGGUGGGGGUUUCGGGGGCGGAGCAGAAUAAGGUGAGGGAAAUGAGAAAAUUUGUGGAGUUGAUGAAUGAUGUGUAG